GUAUCUCUAACGUGCUCGAUGUCAGCAGUGUCAGCACCAGCAGUAGAUCACAUCAGUCACAGCGUGUGGUAGUCAGCGGUGGUAUACGGUGGUAUACGGUACGGCAGUGUGUUGUCGUUCUCUGUUGAGGUACUUUCAUAAAGCUGAGCAUUCUAGCGGCGUGAAACAUGGGUGACAAUAAUAAUGGGCAGACGAGCGGGUGUACUCGACGCUACGGGGAUAGACGUUGCUACUAGCGAGCUCGUUGCGUUCUCGAAGAGGCAGAAAGUCGAGGAGGAGAAGGCGGAGGCGGUGGUGAUAGUGGUGGUGGUGGUGGACGAGGGGAAAUCGAAUAUAUGUGACGCGGGUGGCCCGCGUCGACGAGAAUGGAGUCACGGCAUCCGCGCAGACACCGUCUGCGCAGCGUCGUCGGGGUAUGCUUGUUCCUCGCGCUGACCGGGAUCGUCUACCUCGGCUACUUUUGUCCGGAUCAUGUAUGCGCGUUGACGAAUCGCGAGAUCAAGGAGUCCGUUAGGCUAUCCGAGAGUCUGUCCGUCGCUGCCGUGCCGCCUGUCAUCGCUGCCGGGUCCGCCGCGUUGUCUUCCGUGUCUGUCGAGCUCGACAGGAACGGCCUGCUCUCGGUACAUCCUGCCUUCAAGUUGCAGAGCAUCCAAGGUAGUUUGGGCUACGAUGAUGUCUUCGCUAACGACACCUUUCAGUUUGACAUCAACGCUCACGAUGUCAUGGUUUUCCUUCACAUACAAAAGACAGGUGGCACACUAUUUGGUAAACAUUUAGUGCGAGAUUUAGAGCUACAGAGACCAUGCUCGUGUCAACGACGACGCAAGCGUUGCUUCUGUUUCCGUCCAAAUCGUAAUGAAAACUGGUUGUUCUCGCGGUACUCCACUGGCUGGAAGUGCGGACUGCAUGCGGACUGGACCGAAUUGACGAAUUGCGUAGAUAUGGAGCUCAAUAAAAUUGAAGGAGAAGGCAUUAAACGCCGUUACUUUUACAUAACUAUUAUAAGAGAUCCCGUUGCAAGGUAUCUCUCCGAAUUUAGGCAUGUGCAGAGAGGUGCUACAUGGAGAGGUGCUCGCCACUGGUGUGGAGGUACUCAAGCGAAUAUACCCCAGUGUUACGAUGGCUCCAAUUGGAAAGGUGUUACUUUAGAAGAGUUUAUGGAAUGUCCUUACAAUUUGGCGAGAAAUCGUCAAACUAGAAUGCUGGCGGAUCUAUCUAUAGUGGGCUGUUACAACUCUACUCUUAGCAAAACUGAUAGAGACCGUCUAAUUUUGGCCAGUGCUAAGCACAACUUGCAAUUCAUGCCUUUUUUCAUGCUGACCGAGUAUCAAAAGGUGGGGCAGUACACUUUCGAGGAAACGUUUAAAAUGCGAUUUGCAAUUGCGUUUGAGCAGCACAACGCUACGCUUAGCGCGGCUACUAUGGCAACUCUCAGCGCGGAACAAUUGGACGCCGUUCGUAGGCUCAAUAGCCUAGACCUGGAGCUCUACGAAUUUGCGAAGAAUCUCGCUUUUCAAAGAUUUAAACGGCUUAGAGAUCGUGAUCCACAUUUCGUACAACGAUUCCAACACCUCGGUGAAUUGCCAUCGAGGCAAAGUGCCACAGAAUUCAAUUGGGAUUCUGUAAUUGAAGAUACCACGGAUAACGAAUGACGUGUGAGUAUGUUGUUAAGCAAUCCUCGACGCUUUGCGAUUCGAUAUCAAGCAUCAUUACUGGAUCUAAGCGUCUCAGGGAAGUGUCCUUGAAACAAAAAAA